UCACCUUCACUUUCUUUCUUUCUUUCAUUUUCUUGAAAAGUUUGCUUUGCCUUAAACAAAACAAAACAUUUUCCUAAGCUGUAAUUGCUGGUUGGUUUAAGUUGUUUCUCUUUUUACCUUUUCUCUUUGCACCAAAUGCAUACCAAUUAACACCACACACCCCUCCCUCCCUCAUAACCUCUGCCCUUUAUAUAUACAACUGCCCACACAAAUCUAUGUAUUUUAUAUGUUUUUAUCUCACACAUACUUGAACCAAUAUAUAUAAUUUAGGAUAUUUAGGAUGUGUGUUCAAAGCUGUGUUCUUGGAGCCUUGAAUUAUCUUGUGCUUGUAUCCAGAGGCCAGUUCUUGAAUUGCAGGGAAAGAGAAGAGAGGGGGAGAGAAUCAAUGGAGUUUUACACUUACCCUUCUCAUGCUCUCCCUUCAUCUUCAGCCUUUUCAUCAUUUUCCUUUGAGAAUUUGGCUGAAAAGGCUAAGGAGUUCUUCACCUUUGCUGUCAGCACUGUCUUUUCUGCCGUCUUUACUUUCUUCUUUGCCUUUGUGGGAACCUUAUUAGGGGCAUUGACUGGAGCUUUGAUAGGGCAAGAGACGGAGAGCGGGUUUAUAAGAGGUGCUGCAGUUGGUGCUAUCUCUGGUGCCGUUUUCUCGCUUGAGGUCUUCGAGUCAUCUUUGGUGUUGUGGCAGUCAGAUGAAUCUGGAAUUGGGUGUCUCCUAUAUUUGAUUGAUGUGAUUGCUAGCCUUUUAAGUGGUAGACUUGUUCGUGAGCGUAUUGGUCCAGCAAUGUUGAGUGCAGUACAAAGUCAGAUGGGAGCUGUUGAAACUGCAUACUACGAGGCAUCUAACAUUUUCGACCUAGGCGGUGCAAAGGGUUUGCCCGGAGAUUCAGUUGAAAGGAUUCCAAAGAUUAUAAUCACUAGUGACAACAAUGUGGAUGCUUCGGGGGAGAGAGUCUCUUGUUCCGUGUGCCUACAGGACUUUCAGCUGGGCGAGACUGUGAGAAGUUUGCCGCAGUGCCAUCACAUGUUUCAUCUACCGUGCAUUGACACGUGGCUGGUGAGGCACGGUUCUUGUCCGAUGUGCAGAAGGGAUCUGUAGGGUGUAGUGCCCCCAAUCUCUGUAAAUUAUAGAAAGAUUUGAUAUAAUCUUCAUACUUGUCUGCAAGGUUUUCAAUUAGUUCGCUAUGACCUUCACUAAUACUCAGUACCGAUUUUCCAGGAAGCCACUGUGUAAUUAGUCUCGAGUUUGUGCUUGUUUCGGUUCUGUUGUUGUUGUUGUUGUUGUUGUUGUUCUUGACCACCAAUAUCAUGUAAAAAAUUUUGCUCUUCCAUAGUGUUUAAUACAUUAGCGUUAUGUUAUGUUUUGUGUUGCA